AACACUGGAAACGUCAAGUUCAGUCGUAAUUUGCGAAAAACAGUCAAUAGUGCUGUCAGUGGUUGUUUUGACUCCGAAAACGUCAAAUAAUUUUGUAAUAAUCGAAUACAAAGGUCCACAAAUACAAAACAAAGAUGCCGCGCGCCGAAAAGGGUACGCCCAAGUACCUCGCUAACAAAAUGAAGGCAAAAGGCCUUCAGAAACUGCGGUGGUACUGCCAAAUGUGUCAGAAACAGUGUCGUGAUGAAAAUGGGUUCAAAUGCCACACCAUGUCCGAGUCGCACCAACGGCAACUGCUCCUUUUCGCCGACAAUUCGAAGAGGUACAUCGACGACUUUUCGUAUGAGUUCGCUAAGUGUUACCUCCAGAUUUUGAAGAGGCAGUUUGGAUCAAAGAGGGUGAAUGCCAACAGGGUGUACCAGGAAUAUAUCUCGGAUAAGAAUCACGUGCACAUGAACGGUACUAGAUGGGUCACGUUGACUGGGUUCGUUAAGUGGUUGGGAAGAACUGGGAAAUGUAUUGUGGAUGAGACUGAAAAGGGGUGGUUCAUUACUUACAUAGACAGAGAUCCAGACACAAUUGAAAAGGAGGAGAGAAAGAACAAGAAAUUAAAAAUGGAUAAAACAGACGAAGAAAAAACUAUGAAGUUCAUAGAGAAACAAGUUAAAAUUGCACAAGAAAAGGCUGGGCCAUCAGAUGAACCUGAGUGUACUGAGUUGGAGAGGAAUGGAGAGGAGACUUUAAAGUUAGACAUUAAACUUGAAACGAAAAAAAAUAUUACUGGUACUCCAUUAACUAAGAUUUUUAAAAAACCUGCCAUCCCAGAAGUUGCAGUCAAAAAGUCAAAAUUGGACAACAGGAAGAAAACUGCUUUGGAUGAAAUCAAGGAGCAACAGGAGAAAGAAAAGGAAGAGAAAAACAGGAAGGACUACUGGUUAACUGAAGGCAUUGUUGUUAAAGUUAUCACCAAAAGUAUUGGUGAAGAGUUCUACAAACAAAAAGGGGUAGUUAGAGAAGUUAUAGACAAAUAUGUGGCUGUAGUAAAAUUGUUUGAAUCUGGUAAGAAACUGAAGUUGGACCAGGAACAUUUAGAAACUGUCAUUCCAGCAAUUGGGAAAUUGGUGAAAGUUGUUAAUGGAGCAUAUAGAGGUGAAACAGCUUCUUUGUUAUCAAUAGAUGAAAAGAACUUUUGUGUUGAAAUUGAAAUUGCUUCUGGCUUGUUACAAGGGCGGAUAGUUACUGGUAUACAAUAUGAAGACAUAUGUAAACUAGAUGAUUCAUGAAACUGUUUUUACUUAUAUAAUAAUGUACAUAAUUAGAACUGAUUGGAUGAUAUGCAAGUUGAUAAAUUGUAUGUAUUUAUUGUACAAUAAAUAAUGAUUUUUUAAGUUUAAACCAUGUGUCAUUUCCUUAAAUUGUUUUUUAAUACAAUCUACACUCUGAUAAGGAUACAUUCAAGCACCACGUCAACAAAAUGAAGACGAAGGGUCUCCAGAAACUGCAGUGCUACAGUCAAAUUGUAAUUGGAGUGGAGAUUUUACCAUUACUCCAUUAACUAUUUAAAUUUAAUUUAAACUAUGUAUUAUUUGACUUUCUUCAGUUGUUAAUUUUUUAAGUAAAAUUUGAUAUCUAGACUGUAUAAACAAAGUUGGCAUUACAUUUCUAUAACAACGAUUAACAACUUAUGAAAUAUAAUAGAUUCAGUGUCUGGAUAAUAUUAUACUUUUUUACAAAAAUAAAUUCGACGCAGACAUGCCCUAUAAGAACGCGUUCUCAUCCAAAACGAAGGUCUUACAGAAGUUGAAGUGGUACUGCCGCGUGUGCUUGAAGCAGUACCGAAACGGAAGAGGUUUCUGUUUUCACAUCAAGUCCAACUCUCACAUUCGAUGCGACCGGGCAGUAAGCACCAACAAGAAUGAAUGCCUUGACGGAUCGUCCAGCGAUUUUGUCAUAAGUUUCCUCAAAUUCCUAAAAAGGAAAUAUAAUUGUAGACGAGUGAAUGCCACCAAAGUUUACGAGGGAUACGUUUCCACAGAGGAUCACAUAAACAUUACCCUGACGAAAUGGACCUCAUUGACUGAUUUUCUUAAAUGGCUAGGGUGGGCUGGCAAAUGUCUCGUGGAGAAAACGGAAAGAGGAUGGUUUGUUACUUACAUAGAUCAGGAUAUGAGCCCGGUAGAAGCAGGACAAGCUUGGUCAAUGAAUGUGGGUAAAAUCGAUGAAGGCUUGACAGAAACCCAAGGUGAAAAUGUUAGUGAGGAAACUGCACCUUUAACAGAGGCUUUGGAAAAUGAAAAUGUACAAGCCCAAGCAACUGAUAAUGAAGAUAAACAAGAAGAUUCCUGUAUUACAGAAAAUGAAGAAAUUAAUAAUGCGACCGUAAAAAUUGAGAAGCCCGAUAAUGAAGAAACGCAAAACGCAGAUGCUGAGAAGGUAGAUGAAUCACAGGAACCUAACUCAACGAACGAUAAUGACUUACAAACUGAUGAUCUGAAGUCUCUAAUUCUUCAACGUAUGUCCAAAAGAGGUAAUCCUUCAUUAAGUACCAACGAAACACCAAAGAUGAGGAAGUCGGCGUUAAAAACAAAAACCGAUUUUUGGCUGACUGAAGGAAUAAUUGUCUCGAUUAUCAAAAAAAAUCUGGGUAAAGAGUUUUACAAGCAAACUGCAAUCAUUAAACAAGUAGUCAAUAGAAAUAUAGCGGCGCUUAAACUAUUGAACACGGGGAAGAAAAUAAGUCUGCCUCAAGAAUAUUUGGAGACUGUCAUACCAGACGUUGGACGAUUAGUGAAAUUAGUCGGAGGAGUUUUUAAGGGUGAAACUGCAUUGAUUCGGUCAAUUAAUGAAAUUAAACGUUGCUCUGAAGUUGAAAUUACGUCUGGCAUAUUAAAAGGAAGAGUUAUUCCAGAUGUCAGUUAUAAAGACAUUUGCCAAAUGUGUGAAUAAUUAUAAAAUUGACUUAAUUUUAAUUUUCAAAUUUAUAGUAAUUCGUCCAGAUUUAUAUAUAGGAUAUAAUAGGAUAUACCUAAUAAAGACUGUUUAUACAAUAAAUGUAAUAUACAAAUAAAUCGUUUUUAAAUUGUCAA